AUGGUUCUCGCUCUGCUGCUACCGGUACUGGCGAGCGGCGUAGCUGCGCAACACUUGACUCUGCCAUUGGUCGACUAUGGAGCUGUUGUAGAUGCGGUCAAUCCCAACGAUCCAGGCUACCAGAUCUGUACAGAUGUCGCCCAAUUCGUCUCGGCUUGCGUUGUUAAAGCUGGAGGCGCUGCAGCGCUCUCCACGGCGAAUCCCGUUUCUCUCGCUGAAUGUGCUUGCUGCGUAGGGACAACUGAUGUAGCUCCCGCGUACAGCAGUUGCGCCAAUUAUCUGGUGUCCGAGGCGCCUCAGCUGACUUCCCAAAUCUCAGCGUUACAUAUCCCAGCGCGUGUAUUCAACUCUAAUAAACCACCAGCCUAUGGUUAUUUCUACUCAGCCUGCGGAAGCUCGCCUCAGCUCUGUCUCGGCAACUCUGGCGGCAACUCUGGCGGAGGCGGAUCAGUUACAGAGCAAUCAGAACCAUCAGCCACCCCAAAAUCUUCGCAGCCUCAGUCUCCUCCACCAGCUGCCUCGACGUCGAUCCCUUCACCGGCCUCUUCGCCGAGCAAGAUCCCACAACAAACAUCUGCGACAGGAGGCGGUUCAACCUCUCCGGCGACAACGGGCUCUGCAGCUUCCGCCGUGACAACUCUCGCUCCAGCAUGUACCUCAAUGGUGGAUAUUUUUGAACAAUGUACGAAAAAUACGCCUGGCUUUACGAAUUUGGUUUUCAGCGAGCAGGCUUACUGCUAUUGCUGUCGGACAGAAUUGGGUGGCGAGGUUACAUGGACCGAUGAAAUCGAUACGUAUGCUUCGACUUGUCGAGACUGGGCCGUCUCUAUAACCACUGGCGACCCUCUGACAGCUUAUGAUGUGGCCAAAACCUUUGCCACAUUUUGCCAACAUUUCAGCGACGCAUGUGCUGUCAUAACGAACGGGCCCUCGUCAAACACAAACAAUAAUCCUUUCCCUCCACCAGACUCAACGGGAGGUUCAGGCGGUGGAGGAAAUGGAGGCCAAGUUACCGUUACUGUAACUCGGCCUCCUCCUACUACGACGUCGCAUAAUGCUGCUCCAACUGCUCGUGCGGGCCUCGCCGCUGGUGCACUUGCAAUAGCUGGCUUUGCCAUCAUGAUUUAA